AUGAGGCACAAUCAGAUGUGUUGUGGAACACCACCAACUGUUACUGUUCAUGUAAAAUCAGGGUCAAAUAGAUCAUAUCAGUCCAAAAAACCUCUUAAUCUGAAGCGUCCUAUGUUUAAAGAUACUUGGCAAGCAUCUGAAAAAAAUCCACAUAAUAACAGCAAAUCUAAACGCUCCAAAGGACCUUGUUUAGUUAUACAGCGCCAAGAAAUGACUGCUUUCUUUAAAUUAUUUGAUGACGAUUUGAUUCAAGACUUCUUAUGGAUGGACUGCUGCUGUAAAAUUGCAGACAAGUACCUCUUGGCUAUGACUUUUGUUUAUUUCAAGAGGGCUAGAUUUACUAUAAAGGAGCACACCAGGAUAAAUUUCUUCAUUGCUCUGUAUCUGGCUAAUACAGUUGAAGAAGAUGAAGAAGAAUCAAAGUAUGAAAUUUUUCCAUGGGCUUUAGGAAAAAAUUGGAGAAAAUUGUUCCCUAAUUUCUUAAAGUUAAGGGACCAACUCUGGGAUAGAAUUGAUUAUAGGGCUAUUGUAAGCAGACGAUGCUGUGAGGAGGUUAUGGCCAUUGCACCAACCCAUUAUAUUUGGCAACGAGACCGCUCUGUGCAUCACAGUGGAGCUGUGAGAAACUACAACAGAGAUGAAAUUCACCUGCCCCGGGGACCUAGUGCCACACCAGUAGAUUGUUCACUCUGUGGUAAAAAAGGAAGAUAUGUUAGACUGGGGUUAUCUUCAUCGUCUUCAUCCAGUGGUACAGUAGAAGUAACAGAAAAACAAUCUCAGGAAUUACACAACUCAUUCUCAAUGGACAAAGUGGUUGAUCCUUCUCAAGCUUAUAACUAUGCUCAAGUAGUCAGUGACCGUCAAUCAAACAAAGAGAAGGAAACUGAUUUCCUGGAGAAAGAAAAGUCUCUGGAGUGGUUUACAGGAAGUAAAGAAUGAGAUGGCUCACCUAAGUUUCAAAUUCCUGCAAAAUGUCAAACUGCAAGUCAAGGGUCCAAAUGGAACAUUGAAGCAGUUUUUCAAUGUUAUACAUCUUUCUGUAGCAUAGUUAUUUUCAAAAUUGUAUGUACAACUUCUAUAAAUGAUAGAGUUAAAAAUGUCAAUCUUUGAAAGUGGUCAUCUGCGAUAUAUACAGUUAGUUCUAUUGUUACUUUCCAGUCUUCAGCUCAGUUGCUGUCACCUGGACUGCUUAGCUAGGUUGUGGUUUCAACUUACUCAACUUGAUAAGAAAAGUUAUAAUUUAAUAAGGGGGGGAAAAAGUAUGGUUAUUGCAAGAAGGAAAACACCAUUUAAUGAUGCUUGAAAACACUCAUUUGUGUGACCAAACAGUUUGCAAUGUAUAGGUCUAGCAUUAUAGGAAAUGAUCCAGUAUAGGGAAAAUCAGGAUGUGGCUCUUCUGGGAUAAACCAAAA